AUGGGAUGCAAAUGUGCGAAGACUGUGACUGUCGAGCGAGACAUUGAAUUAGCACCUUUGCUUGAUGCUUCAAGUGAUGAGGCAGAGCCCAAAGGGACUGCAGAAGUACCAGCAGAGGAGCUCGGUUGGUAUGAGCGAGGCGAAUCGGCGUUUCAACUCGGCAAGUCAGCCUGGCAACGCUUCAAAGGUUCGCCGCUGGGCAUUUUCCUUCUGGAGCGUUGGCUUCCGUUGCAAGACACUGCACUGGACUUACUGAUUACUUUCGGGAAAGCGGGUUGGCCGCUAUGUUCGGAUGAUGGGCUUUUCUGGGGCCAAGACAUUUGGUGGGCCCGUAUCUCGAUUGCUCUCAUUGGAGGAACCUUUGUUGUUUGGUUCCUCCUGAUUUCACCCAUUGUGUUCAAGAAGCUGAAGAAACAUCUUGGACAGACGGCAGCUUGGGUUGUGAUGCCUUUGUGGACUUUGCUUGGCUUGCCAAGCCUGGCAGUCGCAGACAUGAUCUUCCUUCUCGUUUGGCCUAUGUCAUCCCCUCAACAGGGGUGGAUAGCGAACAUCAUGAGACUGCGGGUUGUAACAGAGACUCUUUUGGAGUCCCCUGGCCAGGCACUUUUUCAAGGCAGGAUUUUCUAUGUCAAGCUCACCACAGGUAGAAUGGAGUUAGAAGCUUCCAAAGUGAGGACUUUGGCUGUGUCGAUUGGAACCUCACUCUUUUGUCUUGCGCUCACUGUGAAAGAUAUUCAUGAUUUGGCAAAGACGCAAGACAUGGGAUUCUUUGCAUGCUUGCUGGACUCUUUGCUGGUGGGUUUGGAGUGGCGAGCUCCGCUGUUGCACAUGCUCAAGAGCAAGCAGACAGUGGACUUCACCAACGAAGGAGCUCUGACAGAAGAGCACAUCAGACAGAUUGGUGCGGUCUUUGAGGAGGCCACCAACCUGUUGGAGUGCACCUUGACGGAAGAGAACCUUGGUGAGGGAGGCUUGCAGAUGCUUUGGCCCCAAGUAGAACUUCUUUGUAGCAAGAAUCGCAAUUUCAGGCUUCAUGUGUAUGGCUUCGGAGGUGAAUGUCAUUACUUUUCAAAAACCCUAGAAAUCAAGAGUUGCAGCUCUGCCGAGCAUGCUUGCCAUGUGGCGAAGUCCACGCUGGUGGAAGAGGUCAUCCUGGACACCCUGACGGAACAUGCUUUGCAACGGAUCCUGAAAGUCCUGAUGAACAGAGAAGAUCUGAAGAAUAUCUCCGUGAAGAAUCAGCGUGUGAGUGAAGAAGCAUUUGUGGAUUUGUCCAAAGUAAAGCAGAAAUUCCAUAGUGCCAAGCUCCUACUGGAAAAUUGUUCAGGAUCCAUUCUGCUGACCCUACCUGAGCUUCGAGCAAAUCCGCUUUUGCCUCAGCUGCUCUCAGUAUGUCCAAAAGAGAAUCAGUCAGAUGGAAAAGCUGGUGAGACAGGUUUCUUAGUUCGAACGUCGUGUGGUGGGGAGGAUGUCAAUCUUCUUGAGUCUCCCUUGGAGAUUUCAGGUGCAUCUGUUGAAGACGUGACGUGGAUGUUUUCAUUGGGUCACGAGGAUCUCCGCCUGAAGAACCCCGACUUUGAUGUACGCUUCAUGCAGAAGUGCUUGACGAGUGUGCAGCGGCUAAGGCAGAGGGGACCUUUCAAGUUGCGGAUGGCAUAUGGCUCCGUUGAGGAACUGGCAACAGGGAUUGUAGUCUCACGUCAUGAGGAACUGCCAACAUUGCCAACAGGGGAUGCAGUCUUGGCAUGUCAUGACAACAAGGCGAAGCAGUUGUUGGUCACCCCGAAGACUUCAAUUCAGUACACCCCGGUGCUGAAGGACACGCUCUCGCACCUCGCGAUUGGUCUUGCUGCCCAAAACCUUGGUGCUGGCGAAGUCAAAGCAGUUGCAGGAAAUGUGGUGAAACUGACGAAUCUGAGUUAUUUGCGGCUGAAUCUUACCUGCAACAAUCUUGGAGAGAAAGGUGGCAAAGCCCUAGCAGAUGGCGUUGGCAAGCUUCAGAACCUCAGCCAAUUGACGCUGUAUCUUGGCAGCAACAAUCUUGGAGAGGAAGGUGGCAAAGCUGUGGCAACUGGUGUUGGCAAGCUUCAGAACCUUAACCAUUUGACGCUGUAUCUUGGCAGCAACAAUCUUGGAGAGGAAUGUGGCAAAGCUGUGGCAACUGGUGUUGGCAAGCUUCAGAACCUUAACCACUUGACGCUGAAUCUGGAACACAACGAUCUUCGAGAAGAAAGUGGAAACGCCCUAGCCUAUGGGGUUGGCAAGCUACAGAACCUUAACCAUUUGGCGCUGUAUGUCCGGAAUAUCAAUCUUGAAAAAGAAACUGGGAAAACCCUUGCAGAUGGGGUUGGCAAGCUACAAAACCUUAACCAUUUGACACUGAAUCUCGGCACCAUGUUCGAUCUUGGAGAGCAGGGGAGGGCGGCUGUUGAGUCCAUCAAACAAAGCUUCCAAAGGCGCGGAUUGGAUGAGGAUAACCUCGUAAUCUACUAUUUUGUCUGA